AUGUCUGAAGAUCUCAAGCGAUCUGCUUCAGAUAUACAAGAUGAACUAGCACAAAGCCCCAAACGUGUCAAAUUUAAUGAUCCCCCUCAAAUUGAUGAUGUAAAUAAAUAUGAUGCUAAUAACGUCAAUGCCAACGCCAAUGUCAAUGCCAACGCCAAUGUCAAUGCCAACGCCAAUGACGGUAACAGCAAUAACUUCGCUAGUAUUGCCAGCAAUGUCACUACUAAUCCCAUUGACUCUACUGUUACCCAGCCUCAGCCUGUUUCUCCUGAAAUCCAGAACCCCAUUACUACACUACUACAAACAGACCCUGGUGUUGGAGCUUCAAAGGAUCUGCUGACGACAAAUGGCUCAGCUAUCAAUAUUACUAAAAAUGCUGAUACUAAUAAUAUCGAAACUAAUACUGCUAGCAUCAAUCCUGUUAGUAACACCAAUACUAAUACCAAGCCUGCAAGUGUCGAUACUGUUGAUAUUAAGUCUGUCAGUGCUAAUACUGCUGAUACUGCUACUGAUACUAAGCCUGUCAGUGCUGAUAAUGCUGAUACUGCUACUGAUACUAAGCCUGUCAGUGCUGAUACUGCUGAUACUGCUGAUACUGAUGCUGAUGCUAAGCCUGCCAGUGCUAAUACCUCUAAUACUACGAACGCUAAUACCGCUGGUACUGGUGCUUCGAAUACUGAUGUUGCUAAUUCCUCUUCCGCUACUACUUCCACAGGUGAUGCUAAACCACAAGUGCAAGGAGCAAACGAGACUGGCUCAAAUCAGCAUGAUCAGCGAGAUUCUUCUAAAUUGAACGAUGCUAUUGCAGCAGCAGGUGUUGAUAUACAGAAAGAAGAAGAACUUUUACAACAAAGGCAACUGAAUCGAAAGCCUGGAGCUCCAUCUGAAAAACAAGAUGGAUCAAAGUCGCAGACGCAAGUACCAUUACUCAAUCCGUAUCAUUUGUCGGCGUUUCUUGCAAAAGUUUCCAAGACGCAUCAAAUACAUCAAAACUUCCUUGAGGAUGGCAAUUUGCUAAACCUAAUUUCUGAUGCAUGCGAGGACUGGCUCUCGCAUAUUGCGAGCAAGGCGCUUAUCUUGUCUAGGCACAGGCGAAGGGGUACACAAUUUUCACUGAAAAAAGGAGGACUGUCUUCUCUGACCCAAUUGUCGCAACAAAGGUCUGCAGUAUCCAAAGAGUUAAGAAACCUUGCCUUGCGACAAAAGGAAAUGGAAGAGAAAAGGGUCCAGAAACGUAUUGCUUUAGGAUUGGAAAAAAGUUCUGGUAAUGGUACAGAUGAUGCUGCGAACGGGAAACCUGGGUCGGAAGAGACAUUGCAUAGGGCUGCAAAUGCCACUGCAGCAAUGAUGGCGACGGGAAAGAAAAAAUAUAGCUGGAUGAGCUCUGGAGGUGGCGGUGCAGGGAGUAUAGGCUCUUUAGGUGAUGAUGCUAGAGGGAGCGGUGUAGGUAUUGGUGGAGGCGGUGUAGGAGGAGGUGAUAGUAAGACGAAACAAAGUGCUAUUUUAUCGACGAGAGGAGAUAAUGGAUUGAGGUAUAGGGAUCUUCGGUCAACCAAUGCAAUAGUAUUGAAAGAUUUGCUAAACGCAUUGGAAGGCGAGAAGAAGGGAACUCAACAUGCUAUUACCAAGGGAUACGCUAAGUUGCGAGAUUAA